GCGGAGAGAGAAGCUCCGGGCAAAGAAAAGGGAAAGUUUGUUUUUUUUUGGACAAUGAGCUGCUGCGGGAGGGAGUGUGCGCACCUUUCCGCGCGGCAGGAGCGCGGGAGGUGAUGCGCCCCGCGCUGCACGCUGGGUCACACAACACGGGAUGGCGACGCCAGAGCUGUGGAGCUACAACUCCACGUCCGCGUGGAACCAGUCUGCGGCGGGGGGACAGGAGCGCUUCGGCAGCCUGGAUGACAUCGACCUGCCGGCGGACGGCUCCCCGGCGCUGCGCAUCCUCAUCUCCAUCGUGUACUCGGUGGUGUGCGCCGCAGGGCUCGUGGGCAACCUGCUCGUCUUCUUCCUGAUGAAAGCGCGCCGAGGGCGCAAGAAGCGCUCCAGCAUUAACCUGUUCAUCCUCAACCUGGCCGUCACGGACUUCCAGUUCGUGCUCACGCUGCCCUUCUGGGCCGUGGACACGGCUCUGGACUUCAGCUGGCCGUUCGGCAACGCCAUGUGCAAGAUCAUCCUCUCCGUGACGGUGAUGAACAUGUACGCGAGCGUGUUCUUCCUCACGGCCAUGAGCGUGACCCGAUACUGGUCUGUGGCGUCGGCGCUGAAGGACCGGACCCGGCGGAGAGUGUGCCCGGUGCGGUGGGUGAUCGCCGGGCUGUGGGUCUCCGCCACGGCCGCGUCUCUGCCCACCGCGGUGUUCUCCACGGUGAAGAGCGUGGCCGGGGAGCGGCUGUGCCUGCUCGGCUUCCCCGACGGCCAGUCGUGGCUCGCGCUCUACCACCUCCAGAAGAUCCUCGUGGCGUUCGUGUUCCCCAUGCUCAUCGUGAGCGUGUGCUACCUGCUGCUGCUGCGGUUCGUGCGCCUGCGCAGCAUGAACAACAACCAGGUGAAGCGCCGGUCCCGGGUCACGCGCUCCGUCACCAUCGUGGUGCUGUCCUUCUUCGUGUGCUGGAUGCCCAACCACGCCAUCACCUUCUGGGGCGUGCUGGUCAAGUUCAACGUGGUGAACUGGGACCGGACGUACUACAUGGUGCACACGUACAUCCACCCGGUGACCGUGUGCCUCGCGCACACCAACAGCUGCCUGAACCCGGUGCUGUACUGCCUCAUGCGCCGCGAGUUCCGCAAGAAGAUGAAGGAGCUGUUCUGGCGGAUUUCGUCGCCCACCGGGGCGAACAGCUGCCCGCUGCGGCCGUUCUCCGGCACCGUGAGAGCGGAGCCGGAGGUCAUCCCGCUGAACACCGUGGAGACGGAGAACUGCAGGCUGUCCGUGUUAACGGACCAGGGCGACACGGACGCGCUGCAGAGGUAAAGCAGACUUUUUAAACUACAAAAAAAAGGACAAAAGGUGUGUAAAAAAAAAAAGAAGAGAACUCUUAUUUUUGUUGUUGUUGUUGAAAUAUAAAUAUUUGAAAUGAUUCGCCUCAAACUCAUCACGCUACAGAAGAGGAUAAGAGCCAUAUGUGAACAUUUUAUUUUUAAAUUUUUCUGACUUUAAAGUCCGAACCAGGGCUGCAAGAUAUGAGGAAAAUAUCUAAUUAUCGCGAUUAUUUUGACUGAUGUUGCAAUAGCGAUAUGAUUCACAAUAAUGGAGGGAAUGAUCAUUUUGUAAAGCAGACUUUAAACUACAAAAAAGGACAAAAGUAGGGGUAAAAAAAAAUUCGCCUCAAACUCAUCACGCUACGGAAGAUGAUGAUUAGGGCCACGUGUGAACAUUUUAUUUGAGUUUUAAGUCCGAAUUCUGAGAAAAAAUGACUUUUUCCUUUUAAUUUUUCUGACUUUAAAGUCAGAACUGGAGCUGCACGAUAUAAGGAAAAUAUAUAAUUAUCUAAAUUAUUUUGACUGAUGUUGCGAUUUGCGAUAUGAUUCACAAUAAUGGAGGGAAUGGUCAUUUUGUAAAGCAGACUUGGGGGAAUUACUGGAUUUGUUGGGUCUUUGUAAAUUAUAGAGUGUAGUCUAGACCUAC